AUGCGUGCGUUCAAUUUGAUGAGCGCACGUGAUGCGUCGGGAAAUUCAAAUGUGAAAUUUCUUCGAGCCACUAAACGCUUUUUCAAAAAGAUCUACUCGACGGCUACCCUGCCGAAUAAGAAGUCAGCAUCGCAGGACUCGGAAUCGCAUUUCCAGAAAUCGCAACAGUUCUUUGACAUCGGCUUUCACACUCCUGUGCUUGCGGAUGAGCGGGACUUUUCACGAAUAGAAGAGUUUCAUAAUUACGGUCAUACCUACAUCGACACCUGCUAUCCCGACAGUGGGCUCGAUAUGGACAGAUCAUUCACACCCAGGAUCAGGCAUGCGAUGCGUGCACGUGACGCGGCCAUACUCGCCGAUCUGCAUCGCGUUGAAUCGCAGAUACAAAGUGUGAAAAUGGCUCGACUCGGUAUUUAUGGAUCGUCUCCACAACCGGUGCAAAGCCUUCCAAUUUGA